AUUAAUCCAAGUAUCACAUCUUGUCUAAAAAUGAGCUACAAGCCUACGAGUAUAAACUUGCAACUUUGCAAGUUGCAACUGAGUAUAUAAAUAUACUACGUACAACAUUUCUUUUCUCUGGUCACACACCUACUAGCUUGAUAAUAUUUAUUCAAAAAAAAAAAAAAAAAAAAUCACACCUACUAGUUUGAUAAUAUUAUUAUUUUCUUUAUUUAGAAAGAUAAAAUAUCCUGUAACCUAAAAAUCCCAAGUCGAAAAAUCAGAAAAACCCUUGUUAAACCCCUUAUCUUCCACCUCAAAAUCUCUACCAUUUCCGGACCCCUUAUCACAACCGGAAACCGGCAAAGUCAGUAAUUCUCUCUCCUCCACCACCCCAUUUGAUGCCGUUAAAACCACCACCACUCCGCUCAUUUCUCUCUCCUCUUCCGGUCACCCUUUGCCCUUCUAUGUCUUUAUAUUCUAUUCGUCAACCCUAUUUUGCAAUCCCUACUUUUCGUCGCAUUUUUCCUUUAAAGCUCAAACUUUUAGGGUUAGGGUUUUCUCCUCGCACAUUUUCGACCCGCCCGUUUCAGUCCAGGCCCAAUUCAGGGCCCAAAUACCCUCGUGCUAAGGCAGAGCCUGUUGCAAAAAGCUUAGUUGAGGAUGAAGAUGAUUUAAGCAACUGGGUUAGUGGUUUAAGGACUGGUUCUUUUAGGUCUGGGAGUUUUACUGAAGACGAAGAAGAUAGUAGUAGAGGAAAAGGGAAGAUAAGGGCUAGUUUUGAUCAUCAAAUGGGUAAGAGGGGCAGAGAGAGUAAUUUUGCUAAUGGUGAGGAUAGGGGUUCUGGGAAAUUUGGUAAAAGGGGUUUUCGGAAUGCCGGUGAUUCGGGUGAUUCGUCGAGGUUUGGGGGUGAAGGUGAAGGGAGGGAGUACAGGAAAAGAGGUGGUGGGGUUAGAGAAGGUGGAAGGGGAAGAGAUAAGGAGUUUGGGGCGAGGGGCGGGCGGGGUUCGAGUAAUGUGGGUGGUGCUGUGAAGAGUCCUCCGAAGUUUGGGAGGAGCUUUGGUGGUGAAGACGGGGGGAGGGAAAUGAAGAGAAGGGGUGGGGAGAGAAAUGGAGGAUUUCAAGGAAAGAAAAUUUGGACUAAGGUUAAUACAGGAGGUGAGAAGCGUGGUGUGAGGCGAGCUGCUCCUGUUUUAUCCUCGGAGGAGGAUGAUGAUGAGGACGGGGAUGAGGAUGAUUUGGGGAAAGACAAGCAGAAGUCGGUUUCGGGUUUUAUGGAUUUGAUUGGUGAGGAAUCUGAGGAUGAUAGUGAGGAGGAUUCUGAUGAAGAGGAUGAAGAAGUUGUGGUUAGGAGUAGAAGUUCUUUAUUUGCAGAUAAGGGUGCGAAUUCAAGUUCUGGACCGAGCUCUAUUGAUGGAGGUGGAGCUGAUUCUUACCUUAGUGAAACCAGGUUUGAUCAAUGCAGUAUCUCACCCUUGUCCUUGAAAGCAAUCAAGGAUGUUGGAUAUGAGAAGAUGACCAUGGUGCAAGCGGCGACACUCCCUGUUAUACUAAAAGGUAAGGAUGUUAUGGCCAAGGCUAAGACAGGCACAGGAAAAACUGUAGCAUUUUUGCUUCCGUCCAUUGAAACGGUGCUAAAGACACCUCCUGCUGGCCGUGAUCAGAAGAAACCACCGAUCCUUGUACUUGUUAUAUGUCCCACGCGAGAGCUUGCUACUCAAGCUGCUAAAGAAGCUAAGACUUUGCUUAAGUAUCAUCCUUCUAUUGGUGCCCAAGUUGUGAUAGGUGGUACCAGGCUUUCACUGGAGCAGAAGCAUACUCAGACAAAUCCCUGUCAGAUUCUCGUUGCUACACCUGGAAGGCUAAUCGAUCAUAUGGAGAACACUGCAGGAUUCGCCACUCGGCUUAGGGGUGUGAAAAUCCUUGUACUUGAUGAAGCUGAUCACUUGUUAGACAUGGGAUUCCGCAAGGCCAUUGAGAAAAUCAUUGCUGCCGUUCCCAAAGAGCGGCAAACACUACUAUUUUCUGCCACUGUAUCAGAUGAGGUUCAUCAAAUCUGCCAUAUUGCUUUAAAAAGAGAUCAUCAAUUUAUCAGUACUGUUCAAGAAGGCAGUGAGGAGACACAUGCAAAGGUCAGCCAGGUGCAUUUAGUUGCUCCCCUGGAGAACCAAUUUCCUCUAUUAUACACUAUUCUGAAGGACCAUAUUUCAGAUGAUGUGAACUACAAGGUUCUUGUAUUCUGUACCACAGCAAUGGUCACAGCAUUUGUUGCAGAUCUUCUUGGUGAGCUUAACUUGAAUGUUCGUGAGAUUCAUUCCAGGAAGCCACAGAGUUACAGGACCAAAGUAUCAGAUGAGUUCCGCAUGUCAAAGGGUAUUAUACUUGUAACUUCUGAUGUGUCAGCACGCGGAGUUGAUUAUCCAGAUGUUACCCUAGUUAUACAGGUUGGAGCACCAUCAGAAAGAGAACAAUACAUACACCGGCUUGGCAGAACUGGGCGUAAAGGCAAAGAAGGGCAAGGGAUACUUUUAUUGGCACCAUGGGAGGAUAGCUUCUUAAAGUCUAUCAAGGAUCUUCCUAUAACCAAGGCAACACCGCCAAUCGUUGAUCCUGAUACUAGGAAGAAAGUGGAACGUGCUUUAUCAAAGGUAGAUAUGCAGAGCAAGGAAAAAGCAUACCAGGCAUGGCUUGGGUACUAUAAUUCCAAUAAGAGUGUGGGACGAGACAAAAUGAAGCUUGUAGAGGUCGCAAAUGAGUUUAGUCGAAGCAUGGGGCUUGACACUCCUCCAGCAAUAGCCAAGAUUACUCUUGGCAAGAUGGGGUUAAAGAAUGUCCCUGGUUUACGCGUCAAAUAGACAGAAGUAAUUGUUCUGUUAAAAUUUUUUGGGGUGUCAAGCUAUUUCAAGCUUGUAAGUGUGUUUUUUUUUUUUGUAGGUGAGCUUGUAAGCUUGACAUUUGAAGGCAAGUAGGGUGUUUUUGUUUUUUUAUUUUUAUUUUUUUUAUUAUUAUUAUUUAAUCGUGCGUGCUAAAAGUUAUCUUUGGUAUGCAUAGAUUUCAGGUAUUUAGCUAAUAGAAUUAAUGAUUAUUGUUACUAGUAAUGUUAAUGCUAAUAGAAAUCUACAAUUUAUGGAAUGUAUUAUUGAAAGAUUUGAAACAAAGUGUAAUGCAAAAUUCGAUUUUCUUCUA